CUCGAACGGUACAAAACAAAAACUUGUUGAUCUCAUAGGUGGUUGAACACAGCGUUCAUUGGAAAAGAUGGCUAUGUUUUUUACAAUCAGUUAUAUUUUUACAAUUUUGUACACAUUGUCGAGUGCUCAAACCACGACUGAUUACUGCCAAUUAAGCUGUAGUGGUAAGAACCAUACGGUUUGUCUCAGAAAAAAUGUGAACUGCGGUGCAGGACCAACUUGCGGUCCAAACUAUCGACCUAUUCUGUUGACAGAUACCGAUAGAAAAUUCAUCUUGGAUAUCCACAACAUUUUGAGAAACAGGGUUGCUUCUGGCCAAGAAACUACUGGUGCUCAACCUUCUGCUUCUAAUAUGAAUGCUUUCUGUUAUAGUAAAGAAUUGGAAACUAUUGCCCAAUGUCACACCAACAACUGCACCUUUGCUCAUGAUGCAUGUAGAAGAACAGCUCCAUAUAGCUGGGUGGGACAAAACAUUGCCUACAGAUCAUAUUAUGGUUCCGUCGGAGACCAGAAGACUGCAACCAAUGCCAGUAUCUACGCCUGGUAUAAUGAAGUAAAAGAUUUCAAUAACACUUGGGUCGCUUCUUAUGGAAACUAUCCCACAACCAAAGUAGUUGGACACUAUACUCAAUUCGUUUGGGCCAAAACCAUCAAAGUAGGAUGCGGUAUGACUUUUUACACUGACGCUUCCAACUGGAACUACUGGCUGAUAGGUUGCAACUAUGCGUUUGGAGGAAAUAUCCUAGGACAAUCUGUUUAUCAAGUUGGUCCUCCUGCUUCGGCAUGUGGAUCGUUAGGCGUUAAUCCCAACUAUCCAGCUCUAUGUGGGCCCGACAACAUCUUGGAUUCCUAAUCGUUUUAUUGUAAUAUAAAUUAUUAUAAGGUAUAAUAAAUAAUAUUCAAAUACACUCAUCUUUAUUUA